AUGCAUCAUCUCGGUGUUCGGAUUGUACUUUCUCAGCUUCGUUCAGAAUAUUGGAUACUAAGAGCAAGGCAAGCCAUUAAAAAAGUGAUAAAGACUUGCCUUCUAAGUAAAGUACUGAAACAAAAGAGAAGUGAACAGAUAGAAGAUACAUUACCAGCUGAACGAAUACAAAAGUCAUCUCCUUUCGAAACUAUCGGAAUUGAUUUUGCUGGACCACUCUACGUACAAAAUAAUAACUCCGUUACAAAAGCUUACAUUGUCAUCUUUACAUGUGCUACAACUCGAGCUAUCCACUUAGAAUUAGUUUCCGAUCUGCAUACUGACAUCUUCCUACUUGCAUUACAACGUUUUGUCUCUAGACGUUCACUUUCUCAUACAGUGUACACUGAUAAUGCCACAACUUUCUGCGCUGCGGACAAAGAGCUGAAAUUAUUCUGA